CGAUUUGUUCAGUCAUCAGUUGAAUUCGUGACAGGCAACAUCUCAUUAGAUUAACGUUGCUCUGUCGUUUAUUUAGUAAUAAUCAAAUCACACAUAUACAAAAAUUAUUAUUAAAUAUAUAAAAAAAAGAAAAUCAAUCAAUUUUGAAUUAAUUUAAGUAACAACACAAGCAAAGAAUUAAUUAAAAAAUAUUAAAGAAAAUCUAUAAUUUUGCAUUGAAAGAAAAUUUUUUUUUUUAAAAAAAAGAGGAGUUGAAAAUUUUUAAUAACAAAUACAAAAAAAAUAAGAUGCAAAUAAAAAUAAACAAGUGUUUUAAAGAAAAGCAAACAAAAUCUUAAAAAUAAAACAAAAACAAGUGUUUAAGUUUUAAAACAACAACAACAAAAGAAAAACAAAAACAAGUGUUUGGUGAAAAAGAAAGAAAAACAAACAUAUAAUAACAAAUUAUAUGAAAAUUUACCCAAAUGGAUUAAAUAUUUAAACAAUUUUCAAAAUCUGGAUUUAUAAAAACAAAACAACACCCAAGAAAAAUGCUGAAAAUUAUUAACAAAAUUUUAUGAAAUUUUCAAAAAAAUAAAUUAAAAUUACCAGAAAAAUUCCAGCUAAAUGGCCAAAAUAAAAUUAAAAUUGAUAAAAAUUUUGUGUUGACAAAUCAAUUAACUAAGUUUUAAAACUAAUUUUUAAAGAAAAAGAAAACUAUUUUGCUUUUACAUAAAAACAAAAACAAACAAAGACAAACUGGAAUCUAAACAAAAAUUAACGUGUAAAACAACUUUAGGCCAACAGUCUCCCGGUGGUACCCCUACCACGACUGCUGGCUGUUUAAGUGGCAUCAUUAGCAACACCAUCACCACCAACUCAUCUUCAUCAUCAUCAUUAUCAUCUUCAUUAACAUCUAAACUUCAUCAGCAGCAACAACAACAACCACAACAAAAAUUAGCUGUUAUUGAUUUACUGGAAGAAGCCACAAAUCAAAGCAGCCGAAUGCAGCCAACAUUGCCACAAACAGCCGGUACAGCCGAUAUGGAUUUGACGGCUGUGCAAUCAAUGGAUUGGUUUUUCAAAAAGGAACAAAUUUAUUUAUUGGCACAAUUUUGGCAACAGAGAGCUACCUUGGCUGAAAAGGAAGUCAAUACUCUGAAGGAACAACUAUCCACCAACACACCCACUACAGACAGUGACAACGACAACGGUGACUUGGCCUUGGCCACCAGUACAGCUAACAACACACACGACUCAAAUAACGACGACGUCUUGAACGCUUUGUCCACAGAAAUCCCACCAAAUAAACUACUACUCUCGCCCUCGUUCAAUAAUAACAAUACAAAACUAUUGAAUAGUGUGGCCGCUGCUAUAACACUACACCAGAACGGUGGUAAUCUAUUGGCCACAACACCCUCACCCUCGCCACCACUCUCGGACUCGGGUAAUAACGUGAGUAAUUCGCGGGAGGACAAUAUAGAGCAGCAGCAACUGAACGGUUGCUUGAAUCCCAAAUUGUUUUUUAAUCACGCCCAACAGGUAAUGAUGAUGGAGGCAGCAGCUGCUGCAGCGGCCGCCGCGGCUGCUGCUGCGGCAGUGCAACAGCAACAAUCGCCCAUGCAUUCGCCACAACCUGCUACACAUCAACAACAACAACAGGAAGUUGAAAAAGCUAAACCCACCAAUACAAAGGAAAUCAAAGAUAAUUUAGAUUCCAAAUUAUUAAGUGAUACUCAAACACAGGAUAACAAUAACCUUGCCACACUACAUUUAGACGAAGAGCAGCAGGAAAGAGAGCAGGAGGUCAUAUCUGCUACUAAUGCCACUGAUUGUAGUAAUAAUAACAAUAACAUCAAUAGUUUUAAUAGUGAUAGUAACAACAAAAAUUCAGUAACAGAAAAUUGCACGGAAAUGCAAGAUAAAUCAGAUAAAGAAACAGGAUUAGAACAGGAGGAAGAAGAGCAUAUGGAUACUUCUGAGGAAGCAUUAAGAGGGAAAUUAUUAGAUAAUAAUAACUUUAACAAUAAUGAAAUGAAAAACAAUCAUAUGGAAUUAUUAGCUGCCAAAGAUAAAGAGAUUAAAGCCUUAUUCGAAGAAGUUAAACGUUUAAGAAGCGUAGAACAAACACAUUUAAUACAAAUCCAUCGAUUAGAAGAACAUUUGGAAGCCAAACGCCAGCAUAUUAUGCGUUUGGAAUCCAAACUGGAUAAACAGCAAAUUAAUGAAGCUUUACAACAAACCCAGCUACAAGAACAACAAGAAGAACAGCAGCAGCAGCAGCCAGAGACACACGAUUUGGAAUCCAAUGACGACAAGGACUGUGAAAUGUUAGAGACUAAAGAAAAAUCUGUUGCCGAAAUUGCAACACCAGCAGAAGAAGAAGAUGAUGAUGAGGAGGAGGAUGAAGUACAAGAAAUUGUUAAAGAGAGCAACUGUGAUUUAACGCCUCUAACUAAAGAGAAAUCUCUAUCCCAUGAAGAGCAAGAAGAGGAGGAGGAUGAAGAAGAGGACGAUGAUGAAGUUGUGGUACGAUCAGAAAAUAAUCAAAAUUCCGCUGAUUUAGAAGAGUGUACAAAUACCAAGGAUUCCAUGAAAGACAUACAAAUCAAAAAGGAAACACAAUCACCUUUAUCUUUAGACUCGAUUAGCCAACAAAAUGCCAUUGCUGCCGCAGCAGCUGCCGCCGCUGCCUGCAAUAAUGAUCCCAAUAAAUUCCAAGAACUAUUAAUGGAGCGCACCAAAGCCUUGGUAGCCGCUGAAGCUUUAAAGAACACCGAAGCCACAGAAAGUUUAGUUCAAGAAGAGCCCUCAAGUUUAGAUACAAAUCAAUUAGCAAAUGUUAAUCAAGCUAAUAAUAAAGCUAAAGCUGCUCAAGAUGUUGAGGAACAUGUUGAAGCCUCAAAAGUGCCAAAAAUUGAAAUACUCGACGACGAUGAUGAUGAUGAUGAAGAGCAAGCAAUUGUAAAUAAUAAAGUUGAAACUCCCAAAGCCUCAGCUGACAAAAUGGUUUUAAGCUCUAGCAUAGAUUUGGAGGCUUUGGAGACUAGCGACAAGCCUUUGGAAGACGAAGAGGAAGUCGAAGCUGAGGCUGAAGACUCUUCUACAUUCAAAGAAAAUGUGCAACGUUUUGGCACUUUGUUGGGUGAAGAAUUGGUGAAUACUUAUUGGCGCCGGGGUUUUGAUGCCACCAAAUCCUUGUAUAACAAUAACUAUCAUCAACAAAGCCAGCAACAGCACAAUAUGCAGCAGCAACAGCAGCAACAACAACAACAACGCUCUUUGCAGCACCAACAGCAGCAGCAUCAUCAUCAGCAGCAACAGCAAUUGCUGAUGCAACAGGCUGCCAAUGUCCAUCAUCAACAACAGCAACAACAACCACAUCAGCCCAUUCAACAUCAUCAUCAACAGCCCUCAACACAAUCACAUUUAUCACAGCCACCCUGUGGUCCCUCCUCGACCACCUUGCUUAGUCAAUUAGUUAAUUCUACUUUUUCUACUCCCAACUCUAAUUCUACAACUCAAUCCUCUUUACGUUCUGCAGAUGGUUUUACACACUCCCAAACAGCGUCGUCACACCAUCAUCAUCAUCUAACGCCACACCUACCACACCACCACCAUCAUCACCUGCACCAUCAGCUGCCUGUCCACUUGGCCGAUCAACACGAUAAGUCUAACCUGAAUCAUCAUGACUCCUCGGCUUCCAGUGCCAGCACUCCCAAUUUGCAGGAACAACGCAGCAAUCAUGAGGAUCAUCACAGUUUGUCAUUGAAUGGUUCUUUGAAGAAUUUGGAAGAUAACAACAAUAGCUUAUGUGCCACACCCACCAGUCAUCAUAUGGCCGCCGGCCAUCCCUCUCACUUGCCCCAUGGCUUUUUGCCCGGUCUACCAUUCCAGUUCCAAGAACGUGGCCACUUCCGUUUUGCCGACGAUUUACAAUUGCCACCCGGCACUUCUAUGGCUGGCCGUUUGGGUGAAUCCUUAAUACCCAAGGGUGAUCCCAUGGAGGCUAAAUUGCAGGAAAUGUUGCGUUACAACAUGGACAAAUAUGCCAAUCAAGCCUUGGACACUUUGCAUAUUUCACGGCGUGUACGUGAACUGUUGUCGGUGCACAAUAUAGGCCAGCGUAUCUUUGCCAAGUAUAUAUUGGGUUUGUCGCAAGGCACCGUGUCGGAGUUGCUGUCCAAGCCCAAGCCCUGGGAUAAAUUGACGGAGAAGGGACGUGACAGUUAUCGUAAAAUGCAUGCCUGGUCAUGUGAUGAUAAUGCUGUUAUGCUACUCAAAUCGUUAAUACCUAAAAAAGAUUCUGGUUUACCUCCUUAUGGCACAGGUGGUGGUGGCCGUGAUGAUUCAAUGUCUGAUGAACGUAUUGCUCAUAUUUUAAAUGAGGCUUCUUCGUUAAUGAAAUCUUCGGGUCCCUCGGCCAUGCAUCAUGAACAUCAAAGAAGAGCCUCCACCAUACCAGAAGAUUCGCGCAGCAAUGAUGAUUCCAAGUCACCACAUCAGCCCUGCUCUUCGCCGUUUUACAAAGAGCAUCACAGCAAGUCUCAGGGAGAGACAGUUAUGCCGGGUCAGGGUCAUUUACGUCCAGAUGAGAUGAAUCCUGAAAAAAUGGCCCGACUAUAUCAAGAGCUUAUGGCUAGAGCUCCCCGGGAAGCUUUUCCAGGUUUUUUGCUUUCUCCCUUUUUCAGUGGCGGUCUGCCUGCUGCGGCCGCUGGCAUGGGUGCCAAUGCCUUCCCCGGCUUGGCGGCCGAUGACAAUAUGCGCAUGGCUUUCGAGCGUGAAAUGUCCAAAUUGCAGCAACAACAACAGCAGCAGCACCAGCAACAUGCUGCCCAGCCACCCAGCUUUGCCAACUUCUCUAGUCUCAUGGCUUUGCAGCAGCAAAUGCUGAAUGGCGCCCAGGAUCUUUCAUUAGGCCCCGAGGACAAGCCCAAGGACACCAACAACAAGGUUAAUGGUCAACGCAGCUCUUUUGAGGGUUCUCAAAACUCGCUCAGCAAUCAUGGCCAAACAACACCAAACGCCAAAGAUUCAAACUCCUCCGAAGUGGAAAGACUUUAUCCGGGCAUGGUGAAAUCAGAACAGGGCAACAAAACCCCCGCUCCCUUGCCAUCCAGCAAUAACUCCACCACCAAUACCAACUCAGCUGCUCCCAGUCCUCUCAGCAACUCCAUACUCCCGCCUGCUAUGACUCCCAAUGAGGAAUUUUCAGCCACCGCCAGCCCUCUGCAGAGAAUGGCCUCCAUUACCAAUUCAUUGAUUACCCAGCCGCCCGUACCACCUCAUCACAAUCCUCCCCAAAGACCCACCAAAGCCGUCUUGCCUCCCAUUACCCAGCAGCAGUUUGACAUGUUCAAUAAUCUCAACACCGAGGACAUAGUGCGUCGUGUCAAAGAGGCUUUAUCGCAAUAUUCCAUAUCUCAGCGUUUGUUUGGCGAAUCAGUAUUGGGUUUGUCUCAAGGUUCUGUCUCCGAUCUCUUGGCCCGACCCAAGCCCUGGCACAUGCUGACCCAAAAAGGCCGCGAACCUUUCAUACGCAUGAAAAUGUUUUUGGAAGAUGAAAAUGCUGUGCACAAACUGGUGGCUUCUCAAUAUAAAAUUGCACCCGAAAAGCUAAUGAGAACCGGCAACUAUAGUGGUUCUCCACAGAUACCUCAGGGUUUGGCCAGUAAAAUGCAGGCCUCCUUGCCCAUGCAGAAAAUGAUGAGCGAACUGAAACUGCAAGAACCAGCUCAUAUCAUGCAACAAAUGCAGGCUGCUGCCGUUAUGUCGGCCGCCAUGCAACAACACCAGCAGCAACAGGCCGCCGCAGUCCAGCAAAGUCAACAGCAGGCAGCUCAAGCGGCUGUACAAGCUGCCCAAGCAGCUGCUGCCGCCCAGGCUGCCCAACAUCAUCAAAGCAUGCUUUUGACCUCACCCGGUCUGCCUCCUCAGCAUACUAUUGCUUUGCCCGCAGCUAAUUCACAGCCUUCGUCGGGCAAUACCACACCAGCCGGUCCCACACCCGACAAGAAGCCCAUGAUGAUGCCCAUACACUCACCCCACCAAGGCAAUGCCAUGCGCAAUAUGCACCAGCAUAUGUCACCCACCGUCUAUGAAAUGGCCGCUUUAACCCAGGAUUUGGACACUCAGGUUAUCACCACCAAAAUCAAAGAGGCUUUAUUGACCAACAAUAUCGGACAAAAGAUAUUCGGCGAAGCCGUUUUGGGUUUGUCUCAGGGAUCAGUCUCGGAAUUAUUAAGCAAACCUAAACCCUGGCACAUGUUGUCCAUUAAGGGCCGAGAACCGUUUAUACGCAUGCAAUUGUGGCUGUCUGAUGCCAACAAUGUAGAACGUUUGCAGGUUUUGAAGAACGAACGCCGGGAAGCUUCAAAACGCCGCCGUUCCACGGGACCCAAUCAACAAGACAACAGCUCUGAUACUUCCAGCAAUGAUACCAAUGAUUUCUACACCAGCAGCCCGGGACCCGGCUCAGUAGGCAGCUCUGGAGCCCCACCCAACAAAAAGCAAAGAGUCUUAUUCUCCGAGGAACAAAAAGAGGCCUUAAGACUGGCAUUUGCCUUGGAUCCUUAUCCCAAUGUGGGCACCAUAGAGUUUUUGGCCAAUGAAUUGGGUUUGGCCACACGCACCAUUACCAAUUGGUUCCACAACCAUCGCAUGCGUUUGAAACAACAGGUGCCCCAUGGCCCACCCGGUCAGGAAACCAAUAUACCCACUAGAGAGAACACCAAUUCCACACCCUUCGAUCCCGUCCAGUUUCGCAUUUUAUUGCAGCAAAGACUGCUGGAAUUGCACAAGGAACGCAUGGGUUUGGGAGCCAAUACACCCCUGCCCUAUCCACCCUAUUUUGCGGCGGCCGCUUUGCUAGGACGCUCUUUGGCCGGCAUGCCCGGCACCAAUCCCCAAAACGCCUUGCCCACCAAUGAGGCCGAAUUACGGGCUCUCAAUCAGGCCUUUAGAGAGCAAAUGUCUGGCCUGGACUUGUCCAUGAGCUCGCUGAAGCGAGAACGCCAUGAUGAUUUCGAAGAUGAUAUGGACGAGAGCCAUAAUAUGUCCGAGAAUGAAAACGAUGAUUUGGAUGAUGAAGAUAAAACGAGUGACUAUAGAAAUUCGGUUUUAAACAGCAUGAAUGCCCAGCAAUUUUUAAACAAUAUGCGUUCGAAUCGCAGAAAACCAGCAGCACCACAAUGGGUUAAUCCAGCCGUGCCCACAAACAACGAAACUGAACGUAUUAUUAAUGGGGUGUGUGUAAUGCAAGGCGAGGAGGGCCAGCAACAACAACAACAGCAGCCACAAACUACAGAAGAUCAUCAUAGUAAAUCCCAGGAGCAGGAGGAAGACAAUAAUGAUAUGAUGAUGGAGAAUUCAUUGCAUCAUUCAGUCAUGGAACCCGAGGUGGUGAUCAAACAAGAAAAAGAAGACUGCGAGGAAGGUGAUUUAGAAAAGGCAAACAUUAAUGAGGCAAUGAGUAAUGAGGAAAGAAUUAAGGUGAUACAAGAGGAGAAGCUAAGAAUGGUGCGUGUCAAUCGUUUAAGCCAUGAGGAAGAUGAAAUUAGUAAUAAUGCAGCAGCAGCUGCUGCCGCCACAGCGUGGAAUUAUUAAAGAAAGCUUAAGAGAGAAAAUAUUUAUAAAAAAACAAAAAAAAAAUAAAGUGGUGAUGAUUAGUUUUAAGUUUAAAAGUUAAAAGUAGGAAAUACUACUCUCUUUAUAAUUCUUUGUUAGUUACAGGUUAAACCAAAGAUUUUUUAAAGAGAGCCAGAUGAUAAAGAGCAAAUAAGCGAAGAGUAGUUUUUUAGAGAGAAAAAAGUGCAAUGAAAUGAAUGUUUUUUUUUAAAUUUUUAACUUAAAUUGUGAUUAAGUUUAGUUGCUUUUCUUUUCUUGUAAAUAUUAGUAAGUAAGUUAAUUAAAAGAAACUUUUUCUAGGCGAAACAAAAAACACACAGGAGUAUUAUUAAAAUUGCUUUAGUUUGAGAGUUUAUUUUAGGUUAUAAUUUUUUUCUUUUGAUUUCUUUUUUUAAUAAACAAGACUGUAAUUAAGACGAUUUUUUUUUAUAAACUUAUAAUUGAAAAAUGAAUUACUUUUUUUAUAUUUUUUUAAGUUUUUUUUAAUAGCGUGUA